CCUCAGCCUCUUGCUCUCUCUUUUGUCCUAUAGACCCAUCUCAUCUCGAGAGCCCAUCAUACACUCUGUACGGACAAUAGACAGCUCAGGCAAGGCUACAGAUACCGUGUCAAAUCACUCACCAACAUGGCGUCCAGGAAGAAGGUCCUGCUCAAAGUCAUCAUUCUCGGAGACUCUGGGGUCGGAAAGACAUCACUCAUGAACCAAUAUGUUAACAAACGAUUCUCAAACCAGUACAAGGCGACUAUCGGUGCGGACUUUUUGACCAGAGAGCUCGUUGUCGACGAUCGUGUCGUGACCAUGCAGUUAUGGGAUACCGCUGGACAAGAGCGAUUCCAAUCGUUGGGAGUAGCUUUCUAUCGCGGAGCCGAUUGCUGCGUCUUGGUCUACGAUGUCAAUUCAAGCAAGAGUUUUGAAGCUCUUGAUAGUUGGAGAGACGAGUUCUUAGUCCAGGCCUCUCCUCAUGACCCGGAAAACUUUCCCUUUGUCGUUCUGGGCAACAAGAUCGACAUGGAAGAGUCAAAGCGAAUGGUCUCUCAAAAACGAGCGAUGCAAUGGUGUCAGGCAAAGGGCAAUAUCCCAUACUUUGAAACAUCCGCCAAGGAAGCCAUCAACGUUGAGCAGGCUUUCCAGACAAUCGCCAAGAAUGCUCUUGCACAAGAGGCGGAGACAGAGCUAUACGCCGACUAUCCGGAUCCCAUUCGAAUCGACUCUGAGAAUUCUCAAAGUUAUGGAUGUAAUUGUUAAGACGGUGACCUCGGCGCGCCCUGACCGUCGAUAUGAGGAGGAGAUAGUAAGGACUAGCCUUCCGGGCUUCUUUGCCUCGCGCUCUCUCUCUCUCCCCUGUCCACGUUGUCGCCACGCUCCAUUUGAUGGGGACAAGGGUCGAUGGUACAUCCGGAUCUACUAGUGUGUUUGCGGUUCCCUUGUUUCUCCUGUCUCUCGCAUGUAUACCUUUGUAAUGGGUCAUUGUGGAUGUGCUGUUGAUUG